AUGGGCGAGAACGUCAGGUUACCGUCUAUUAGGUCGUUGCUCAACGACGACGCGCCAUACCCCCGUAGCAAUGCAAUGGAUAUAAGUAACAUUACUAGUGGAAAUACUAAUACUAGUACAACUACAACUAAUACUACUGGCACUAGUGCCAGUAGUAUUAGUACUACAAGUACUACAAGUACUACAAGUACCACGACCACACCCCCAAUAAAUAUGAUGAAGAAAAGCAAGAGAAGGUCGAACUUGCCCAAGGAUACCAUACAGAUACUCAACCAGUGGCUCCUGGACCACAUCCACAACCCGUACCCGACGCAGCAGGAGAAACGAGACCUGCUGAUCAAGACGGGGCUCACGAAAAUCCAGCUCUCAAACUGGUUCAUAAACGUCAGAAGACGCAAGAUCUUCAACGACUACUACGCACUGACUAGCAACCUGCCCCCAGAGCUGUUGCAAUCCAUGUCCUCCCAGAACACCCCGCCAACUCCGACCACCACAACACACACCCCGCCUGUCCAGGACGACGGAAACCCGCCAGUAACCAUCAUGUCCGAGGACGAAUUCUCAAAGCGGUUCGUACAGGCACCGCUGACCAGGAGAAAGAAACUGAUCGACAGACUGGAAGAGUUGAAGAAAUUGACUAACAUGGCCAACAACAACAACAACUGA